CCUCGAUACGCGCUUCACACAAAUCUUCUUGGAUUACUCGACACACGCUUUGAAGCCUCGACUCGGAAGGACACAGAUAUAUAUUUUAUCGCAUUUGUUGCCGUGCAAUUAACGGUUUUCCAAUGAAUAAAAAAAAGGUCAGUGGAGUGUCGUGGGUGAAACCAGCUGAACCCUCCUUUCUGAGGAAGUUUAAAAAUGAUGUUGGAUACAGAGACGGACCGACCGUUGAUACAAAGCGUGACAUGAUGCCAGUCCUGGAUAAUGACAGUGGGAGCGAUCGAGAGGAUGAGCUACCUCAAGUUGUGGUCCUUAAGGGUGGAGACCUGACGGCAGAGGAGGUGAAGAAGAUCAACGCUGAAAUGCAUACUGGUGGUGGUAGUGCAGAUAAGGACGAUGGACCUCCUCCCGGCGGUAAAAUAUUUUUCAAGAAACCAGCCAAGCGCUCGUCCUCGGACAAAUUCCAGGGGCUCACUGCCAGCUCCAACAAGAAGAAAAAGAGUGAUGAGGGAGAGAAGGAGAUGAAGCCUGGAAAGAAAGUAAAGAAUAACAGUCUUCUCUCAUUUGGAGGGGAUGAGGAGAAAGAUGAGGACUGAAAGACUUGUCAAUACAACAGAUUAGUCAAGGAGGUAUAGGGCCUGACCAAUGAGGAUUUUUGGGGUCAAUGUCAGAAUAUAAACAGAUGUCUGUAUCAUUCCUAGAUGUCAUUUUUCAACUCUUAUGACAAAGAAAUGGAUUUUGUGUUUUACAUUUUCACCAUAAAUUUGAUAAAAGACAAAUGUGAUCAUAAAUGCAACAUUUUCCCGCAUUAAUCAGUAAAACACUGAUAAGUAUGUGAAAGGCUAAUUUGUAUUGGUCCACUGAUAAAUCGGUCGGGCUCAACUUAAGUGAAAAUGUAUUGUUUACUUAAAGCAUCGAGAGCAGAGUUGACAUCUCUGGAGUUCAUCCACAGUAUGCAGCUAUUUCUCAGUACUGGGAAAACAACUGGUGUGGUGUGUCUGUUGUCGUUUUUAUGAGCAACUUUCAGAGACAUAAAUGACUAAAUGUAAACAAUUUCACAUAAGGAAGAAUUUCUUGCCCUUUGUUUUUGAAUCAGUCAUGUUAUUGUUGUUUGAGAAUAUAGUUUUGUGCAAGAUUCUUCCAACUGAACUUGGUGCAAUCAGGGACCCUCGGACAUCCACAUAUUGCCAUCUGGUAGGGUCUCUCCAUAGUUGUUUUCAAAUGAUGCAGGAUAAUUUGAAAAGAGGGAACCAGGUGACACUUGGUAGAUUACCUGGUUGAUAACUGGUAAUUAAAUAUAUUUAAUGAAAUUAAAAAAAAUCCACUUUUAUAUGUUUGGUAAAAAUGUAGCAUUAAAUUGGGCAACCUUCUGGUAGAGUCCAAACAUUUGAUGUUUUUUCUGUGUUUGACUUUGAGAGAGUAAAGUGACAGGACAUCUUGUCAUGUGGAUCUGACGGAGCAAUAUAAUCUCCUGCUGUGCAUAUCCAAUGUUUGUGGCUGUAAUGUUUUAAAUAUGAAAUAAUAAUAAUUUGUACUUGUAAACAAUAAUUUCCAUUUGAAUACAUCCCAAAUCAGA